AUAUAUAGUUUUCAAUAGAAAUCAAUUGAUUAUCAUAUUAGGGAUCAAUUAGAGUUCAAAAUGAUAGAUAAGAAUCUAAUGAUUAGUUUCAUAUUGUGUGCUAUCGUACUAUACCUGUGCUCUCGUAUUGCCAAUUGGUUAUCUGUGUUGUAUGUCAACCGUCCUCGUAUUGGCUACAAACCAAAUGUGGGAAACAUUGCUACCGGUGCUGAUGACCACGAGAGUGACUAUGAGACUGACGAUGAGACUGACGAAGAAACUGACAAAGAGACUGACGAAAGUGAUGGCCCAGAAGUCAAUGCACCGGUACCUAUCACUCGCAAGAGAUGGGCAAAAGGGGAACAAAGAAUCGUACGGUUUUUAGUCAAAUAUCUGAAGGGUUCGGCUAAUACCGACUACCAGUAUAUGAAGAAUUUUAUGGAUAAAUGUGAAUAUGAGAGAUCUGUCAGUGCUAUCAAAACGUUUAGAUAUAAAAAACUUUAA